AUGGAUGAAAAUAAAAGAUUGUUUCAAUGUGCUAUUACCGAAUACGAAUUGAACAAUAUUCCUAUAGUAAAAUUAAAAAAUUGGAAAAGGAUUGGAAAAGGAUUGGAAAAGAAGCAUUUGGUUACGUGUAUAGGUGUAAUAUUGACGGAGAUUCAAGAAUGGUGGCAACAAAAAAAAUAUUUGUUGGCGAUGAAACAUCUAUUAAGUCCUUCUUUAACGAG